UUCGCCUCCUCCGCCUCCUCCGCCUCCUCCGCCUCUCUCUCUCCGGUCUGUAACCUUCUUCUCGCUUCUCACAAAUUUGUCCUGUCAAAGCUGUAAUCCAUGGUUUCCGAUGGCUAUCCUUGUUUGUAUCUGGAUCAGAAGUCGUUUAUCGACCGUGGUUAAGCUUUUAUCCACAAUAUCGCGCUGUUCGAAGCUCUCAAAUCCAACCCUAGACUAUAGUAAUUACAUUUAUGCUUACAAAAUACCUGAAUUUCUGACCUAAACUCGCAAAUUUCAUUAUCCAAAACCUAACCCUAUCUCGUUUCUGCUAGCCGAUUAUACUCAACUGCCGCUGAUUUCGCGAUGUUAGUUCACAAACCUAAUUCCAGAAUGCCUUAGUGGAAGAACAGAGAGGUCAACAACACUAUAAGACAAAGUCCAGAUUUAGAUUUUAAAACAUUGCAGAAGCCCAAUACAAAACAAAAAACACACAAAAUAGAGUAUCCCAGACGACGUACGAACAUUUCUCCACGGUCAUCUGCGCCUCACGCCCUCCGGCCUCCAUCCUCGGCGGCUGGCGACACUCUGGUCAGGCGGUCACUCCUCACGCCCUCCGCCCUGCCCUGUCUCUUCAGUCCUCACAUCUUCAUCCUCGCCCCUCAGUCACUCAGCCAGUAAGGUGUCAGCCCUCUGCGGCUCUUCUUCACAUAGUCGCUAUAACUCCAACUCUCAAGCUGAAAUCUCAGAAUCUCUACCACGAUGGUGAAGUCUAAAGCUCAAUCAAAGAAGCAGCAAAAGCGCGGCGUUGAUUUCAAAAAAAUAAGAAGAAAAGUUGGUCAAAAAUUGCCCCCGCCAAAGAACUCUACUAACACGGAAAUCAAAUCCAAAGCGAUUGUUCUUCCCGAGCAGAGUGUAGCUUUUGAGAAGGCAGGUUUAGCUGUGAGUAAGAAAGGGUUAACCCUGAAGGAGCUUCUUCAGCAAACAAGUCAUCACAAUGCUAGAGUCCGUAAAGAUGCAUUGGUUGGAAUCAAGGAUAUAUUUCUUAAAUACCCAGUUGAACUGAAGCUGCACAAACUUGCUGUUAUAGAGAAACUGCGUGAACGGAUUAGUGAUGAUGAUAAGUUGGUUCGUGAAACACUAUAUCAACUCUUCAAGUCAGUGAUUUUUCCUGGCUGUGUAGAGGAUGGCAAGGGGCCAUUUAUAUCCUUGAUAAUGGUGUACAUAUUCAGCGCAAUGACAAAUUUAGCAAUUGAAGUGCGAUUAAUGGCUUUCAAAUUUCUUGACCUUGUCAUCCAGAAUUAUCCAUCUACAUUUUCCAUGUACGCAGAAAAGAUUCUCCAAAAUUACGGAGAUAUUUUGCAGAAAAACAAAUUUUUCCUGCAAGAUAAGGGAAAGAUAAAGACUGGUCUUUCUGGGUUGGUUCGUUGUUUAUCAUUGUUACCAUUCAAAAAUAGGAGUGCUGGUGACUUGUCAGAUAAGAAGGAUAUUCCUGUUCAAGUGACAUUGCACGCUUUUGUUCCUGACAUUUCAAGUGAUUCCUCUGGGCUUUCUAGUUCUGGUGUUGUGGAGAAAUUGAAGAAUCUCUUACCUGCUCUCGUUAGUUGUUUCCAGGAUCCCUUGGUUCAUAACAUGCCCCAAAUGGACACACAGUCCUAUGAUUGUAUGCUACUUAUACUUCGAAACAUAGAUCUUCUAGUCAGAUUCUUUAUUCUUGAAUCUCCUUACCAUCACACACAUGUUAACAUAUCUGAUCAAAGAAUUUCACUGCUGGCACUCAAAAAGCAUUGGGAUGAGUUUCCUUUCAAUCCAACUCAUGACCUCUCAAAGAAGGAAAAUGAUCGUUAUUUCAAGUUGAAUAUUGUAAUUACAGAAAUAUUUUUGAAGAUAAGUCAUUGGGACCACCCUCCCCCUGCAUUGAUGGAGAAAUUCCUUGAGUUCAUUGAAAUUUCACUUUCUGAAAAGAUUUGCCACCACAUGGAGUCUAGUAAGGUGAUUCAUGAAAAGCAAUUGCUUGCAUUGGUGUCAUUCACCCCAGAACUUAUUAUGCGAGUUUCUGGUUUUUGGAAGUCUCGCAUUCUUGAGGCUUUUACUAAGGCUUUCAAAAGUUGCAGCCCGGAGUCUUUGAUGAAAUUAGCUUGCCUUUCUGCAAUUGAAGAAAUGAUGUUCUCUGAACAUGAUUGGCUUUACCUGGAUACAAGUGAUCCAGAACUGCUACAUUAUCAGAUUACUUGGAUAAGGGAGCUUCCUUCUCUGCUAAUUGUUUUAGGUGAUAAACAUCCACUCUCUUCUAAGACUGUGUUGCGUCUUCAACUUCGCAUAGGACAAACGGCUGAGUUUGACUCCCCAUUUGCAAAGGAAUAUGAUGAGAUGCAGUACAUACUACGAGGUUUUUAUAGCACAACUUGCAAUGAAGGAGGCGUAAGCUAUGGCCCUUUCAUGACGCUUUCUAGAGAUAUUCAAGAACUUUCCCUCUGCUGCCUAUAUUACUUCUCUAUCUUGGACUCAACAAUACUUCAGUCAUUGGUUUCAUGUUGCCUGUCUCAUGAACUUGAACCAUGUUUAGUUCUUCGUAUUUUAGAAGUUCUGCACACAGCCUAUAAAGCAGGACACAUCCAGAUUGCAGAUUACAUUAGUUUUCUGAUCACUUUGGUUUCACGUCUCCAUGCUUAUCCUGAUAAUCAUGAGGGGAAAUCAAUCCGUGUAUCCUUUCGGUCGCUUACUAGUGCAGUUUGUUCUUGUUUGUCACAGAUUGGUGAUAACUGUUUUAUUUUCCAGAUGGUGGAAAGAGUAAUUACUGAUCAGAUUUUUCUUAGCCCACUAGUAGAUAACAUGAAUGCUCUUCUAAGGAUACUUACUGCAAUAGACACCGCACCAACAAAACUUUCAGAACCGAGCAUCGACAAACUCAGCCGUGUCCUUCCAAAAUAUUUACUAGAUGUUGCAUCUGAUCUUCCUGGAGAAGUUAAUGAGCAGAAUUCCAGCUUGAGUUUAAAGAGAAGUCAGUAUUAUCUUCUUCCUUGCUUCUUCCUAUUUCAAAGGAGCAACAGGCUAUUAAGUAAAGUGUUGAAAGAGAUGGGAUCAGUAUUGGCUGAAAAUCAUUCGCCCCCGUUGUCUUACCAUCACGAAUUUCCACAAAUCAACCACAAGAGCACUCUCGUGGCAAGCGUGUCCGUUCUCCUGCUUUUGCACAGCGAUAUUAAAAUGAGGCGAGUUUUCUCGUCAUGCAAGCCGGAAAUCAACAGUAUUCUAGAAUACAUGGUCGCUCUUCUGGCUUCAGAGGGCAAUAACAUGACUAUAGACGAAAGGCAUGAGGUACAAAGAGCUUGUGAUAGGCUUACAACUGCGACUACUACUCUUCUAGCUUAGUAUUUGGCUUAAUUACACUAAAUGGAUAUUUCAUUUCUUAUGUAGUAUAUUAUUCUUUUUUUUUUUUCAGUUUUAUUUAAAA